CGACCGUUGACUGUUAUCCAACCCGAAUUUCCCGCGUUCUCCUUUUCCUUGCAAACAUACCAGAGCAUUCAACAUGGCCUUUAUCGAGUUUGCCCGCGAUCGUGACUCCGAAAAAUCGCUUGCCUUGCAAGCCGUUGAGCUGAUCCAAAAGGCUCUAGACGCCGGCGCCACUCGCGCUGCUCUUCUCGAGGAACAAAAAGACUUGCGUGACAGAGGCCCGCAACACACUUCACUCUGGCUGUUCCACGCGUUAUUGUAACGGAGCUUGAGAUACCCGGUUACUUAACAUCGGUUGGUCAGCUCCUGCAGUACUUGUAAGGACCCUGCGACCAUACGAGUCACGUCCUCCGCAUGGCCUCUGGCUAGGUACUCGAAAGAGGAUAUAGGUUAAGGAGCAAACUAGAUCCACGCA